AUGUCUUGGAGCAAAGAGGCUCCUCCGACCAAUCCUGCCAAUGACCUCGCAUCUGCCGGCAUGACUGCUCAGACAAGUUCGACGGCAGGUUCAUCUACCGCAGAUACAGCCUCGAUGACCACGGACGACAUUUCCGCUCCCAACAACCAGAGCCGCUCUUGGAGUGGAUGGGCUGAGCUAGAGAACGACCCGGUCAUAUUUACCACGCUCUUGCGAGAAUGGGGAGUUCCCAACAUUCAAGUAAACGAAGUCGUACCCCUUGACAGCGUCUUUGACACUCCACCGUAUGUGUUGGGCCUUCUUGGACGUGGAUUCCACUCACAUCUCCGUAGAGAGAACGUGUUCGGAUUGAUCUUCCUUUCUCGAUGGAUGCCCGCAGAGACAGAAAAUACUCUCAUAGAAACUCCUGGAGAUGUUUGGUUCGCAAACCAGACCUCCAGUUUCUCCUGUGCCAGUGUGGCACUCAUGAAUAUUAUCAACAAUCAUGCCAACCUCGAUCUCGGCCAGGCUUUGAACCACUUUCGCGCCAAGACAAUGAACAUGACUCCCAAAGAGCGAGGAAUUGCUUUGGAUCGCUUCGAUCAUGUCAGAGAUGUUCACAACUCAUUCGCAGCGCCAUUCGACAAAAUGAACGUCGAUCUUCGUCUCAAACAAGAUGUCGCUGCCGCCGAGAAGAAAAAGAAGGCAGCCAUGGCCAAACGUCCUCGGAAGAAGCUCAAAGAGGAGGAGGAAGAAGAAUGUGGUGACGGUGACAAUGGAUUCCAUUUUGUCGCAUACGUGCCUGCGGGUGGAUUCAUAUGGCGAAUGGACGGAAUGGAGAGACUUCCCCGGAAGCUAGGGGCUCUUUCUCCCGAAGAUAACUGGGUCGCACUGGUUCUUCCCGAGCUCCAAGCCCAAUGGGAGACGGCUUCUACCACUGCCUUGGAGUUUUCUUUGCUGUCCUUGACAGUCAUGACAGACUCCUCAAGCUUGGAGGCAGAUCGGAUCAAAAUGGAACGAGUGAGGGAAGACUGGGGCCCUUUCAUCGCCCAGAUGGUACGUCUCCACGCUGAAAAGGGGGACUUGAAAGGAACCCUAGGCUAG